AUUUUAUCAUUUUAUUAACUUUGAUUUUUUUUUUUUAAUUCGGAAGACAGAAGUUUUGCUAUGCUCUGCUAGCUGGGCCACUACUGUAUGCUGACUGCCGACAUACGACAUAAUAUACAUACAUACAUAUGUACUCUAUGUAUUAACAACACUGCUUGAAAGAAAAUAAUUUAUUUUUAUUUAUUUCCAAUUGUUUAAAUAUCGGCAAUGUAUGUAUUCUUGAUAUGUUGCAAAAUUUGCCCUAAAAUUGCAGCAAAUACAAAGUGGCAAUCAGUACUAAUAUCUUUUCCACCACUGUGACCGCUGAAGCGCGCCACAUAGACUUUUUUUGCUACUUUGUUUGUUUGGCUUGAUAUAUGGGCGUUUGUGUGUGGCUUUGCACAUAUGCUACGUAAAUGUUGCAAUUGUAUUGAACUAGAAUUCACGCAGCCAAGAUCAAGGUAAUUGCAUCUUACCAACUGCUACUCUAGUUUCAUUCUGCAAUUUACUUUUAAACCGAUUGGAUGUGGUUUAAAGCGCUCCUCAAAUAUUUCCAAAUCAGUUUUCGUUUUUUGUUUAAUAAAAAUGUUACACCACUUCAUAAGAAUUAUGAUAUUAAUGGUUGUUCCAUGCUUCUGCACUGCCCAGGAUUAUGAAGUCGCUGAUGUUCAAUGCACAUUUUCCAACUCGGGCUCGAAAAGUGAGGAUCUGAUAACGGCCACGCUGAAGAGGCCAGCUGGAUUUAAAGGCGUGCCCAUGUUUGCGGAUGAUCGAAGUGGCCUCAAGGACUUGAAUCCGCAUUGUCUGAUUUCAAAGGAUAUUACCGAUAUGGACGAGCGCACAUAUCAAUUAAGAAUCAACGACUUUACGCAAUGUGGUGUGCUCAAAAGAAACGGCUUCGUUCACGUUCGCAUUUGGUUUCCCCAAUUUCCUGGCGUUGUGAUGCAAUCGGACCAGGAGCUAAUCAUCAUGUGCAAGCCGCCAGAGCCAACAGUAAUAGGGAAUAAGGCGGCUGGAUUCGCGGGCUCGUUUCCACAUGGCGCACGUGUGUCGGGCAUAGUUGAGGAGAUGCCGAAUAGAUUGGAGUAUGAGGUCGCGCUGUAUAAGGAGGCGCCGCCCAUAGCACGUGUCAGCGGCACGAACAACCCAGUCAGUUCCUCGAAUGAUCCGGCCUCUCUGCUGGCCGACAACGAUCAGGCCGUGGAUCAGGCCGUGCCCCUGGGCACCAAGCUGCAGCUGCGAGCACGCAUCAGCCAGUCGGUGUGGAAGUAUGUGAAGCUGAUGGAGGUGACUGUGUCGCCAGAUCCGGAGAAUCCACUUGCAACGGGCUCUGUUUCCCUGGUGCACAACGGUUGCCGCAAUCGGGAGCUGGCCACAAUUAUUCCCCAUCAGCCGGCCAAAUAUCGGGAUCGACCCAACGAGGUGUUUCUCGACUUUGAGGCCUUUUUGCUCAGCUCGAUGAAGGAGAAGGCCACUCUCUGGAUACACUCGCAGAUCAAGGCCUGCAUCGACAUGGCCGACUGCACGCCCGACUUCUGCGUCGAUCUCUACGAACCCUCGGGCCACGGCCGCAAGCGACGACAGAUUGAAUCGGCAACGGAAUCUACAGCAAAUACAACUACAGUGAACGGUCCCAUGAUGCAACGAGCUGGGAAUUCCACUGCUGCCUCGGAGUUCAAGCGCUUCAAAGAGAACAUAGAGUACACCGUUAUAAUGCCCGGGCAGGUGAACAAAAAGGUGGGCCUUCUAAUCGAUUUGACGUCGCAGUGUCGCGGCGCCCUGCUCAUUAGCUCGUUUUUUGUAUUCAUGAUUACGCUUUGCUGCUCGAUUAGCUGUUUGAUAGCACUGCGCGUGCACAACGAGAAAAAACUAAGACAUCGCCAGUUCACCUCCGGGUUCAACACAGGUUAUGCAGGUCGAGCUACGGUUCAAUAAACGAAACGGGAAAUACUUCAGCAGCUAAAAAAGAAAUCAAAAUAAAUAGCCGAAAGUGCUCUGCAUUUAGCAUUAGUCUUCGAGCUAUGUAUAUCAUAUGCAUUUAUCAAGUGUACCUUUACUUUAUAUAGAGAAUAAAGCAAUUAGA